GGUUAAUAACUAAGAAUGUGUGUCAAUAUUUUCCAGGAAGCAAUGCCAUUAAGACUGAAGGAGGUUCACAUUGUUAAUCAACCAUUCCUGUUCAACAUGGUAUGGCAAAUGUUCAAACCCUUCGUUAAGGAAAAGUUGAAGAAGAGGUUGUUCUUCCACGGAAAGAAAAUGGAGUCGCUCCAUGAACACAUUGAUCCAUCGUACCUGCCUGAAGAUUAUGGCGGUAAACUUCCCAAAAUCAAUUAUUCCAGCGUGGAAUGGUAUCCUGUUCUGAGGACAUUGGACGAUGAUUUUAAGGGUAAGAACGGAAUAGGGUUUACUUAUUUUAUUUAUUCGAUUCGCAUUAAAGAACUUUUAUAAGGUAACUACAGGAAA